UCUAGUCCCAGUUCUUGACUUCUUGUGGUGAAUCACGGAACAGUAGGAGCACAGCUAGAGUGUUACAAUCACUUGAAUGGAGGACGAGGAGAAGCAGUAGCAAGUCAAGAAAAAGGCAACAAAAGUGCGUCGCGUUGGUGCUGCCGCUUUCGACUCCCUCCCUGACCCGCUGCUCUCCCUCCUCUCCCGCGGGGGCGGGGGCGGGGGCGGGGGCGGCGGCGGCGGCGGCCAAGAAACGCAAGGCGAGGUAAACGAGGAGAAAAAGGCGCGCUUGAUUUCCAAUCUAUUGAUUCUUUACCAAUUGUGUUGCCAUUCCUGUUCGUUGGGUGUGGGGUUUGAGCCUGGAAAUCGGUUCUUUUCUGCGCUAGUGGAGUGGAUUUGGACGGGUGCCGCUGAAAAAAAUAGCACUUUUUCCUGCCCAAGAUUCUCCUCUCCGCUUCUUUUCCACGCCACGCCUAUUGAAUCAAUUGCCGUCGGCUUCCUUUUCGCAGCAGGCAGCACAAGUUCUUUGUAGUUGGUCCUCUUGUAGGUGAGGGGCCGGCACAACACCCACAUCCUGUUGAUUCAAGAAACCAGGCCGCGCCGAUGAGCAGGAAGAGCGGCGGCGCGCGAAUGCAAUGCGCUGAGGCGGCGGCGGCGGCGGAUUGGGCCUGCUGCUUCCUAGCCCUCCCACCGGCGGCACCUUACGGCGUGGAUGGUGAUGCUAGGUUCAACCUCUCAUGGACCCUCCACCAGUCCUUCCACCCGCCCACCGGCCUCUUCGCCAGCAUGGGCCAGCAGGUAGGGGUCGGAUUCCCUGGGUCUUCCUCUAGCCCCCCAUCGCCGGACACUCCAAGGGACCCGUACAUGAAGUACGUCUCACCGGAGGUUGGGCACCGUGUUGUUGAGACACCUCUGCCAGGGGAAGGUGAGGAGUUGAGGGAGAAGGGGAAUAAGAAAGUUGUGAAGCUCAAGAUUAAGGUUGGGAAUCGUCACCUCAAGAGGCUGAUCAGCGGGGCAAUCGCGGGCGCGGUGUCGAGGACUACUGUCGCGCCUUUGGAGACUAUUAGGACACAUUUGAUGGUUGGGAGUAAUGGGAAUUCGACGACGGAGGUGUUCCAGUCUAUCAUGAAGCAUGAAGGAUGGACAGGGCUAUUCCGUGGUAACUUUGUCAACGUCAUCCGAGUAGCGCCAAGCAAAGCAAUUGAGCUUUUUGCUUUUGAUACAGCUAAUAAGUUCUUGACCCCCAAAUCUGGGGAGGAACAAAAGGUCCCAAUCCCUCCUUCACUAGUGGCAGGGGCAUUUGCCGGUGUCAGCUCAACGCUGUGUACAUAUCCUCUGGAAUUGAUUAAGACACGAUUAACUAUACAGAGAGGUGUGUAUGAUAACUUCCUUGACGCGCUUGUCAAAAUCGUUCGUGAAGAAGGGGCUACAGAGCUCUACAGAGGCUUAACUCCGAGUCUCAUCGGAGUGGUGCCAUAUGCUGCAACCAACUACUUCGCCUAUGACACCCUUAAGAAAGUGUACAAGAAGAUGUUCAAGACGAACAAGGUCGGCAAUGUUCCAACCCUGCUCAUUGGAUCCGCUGCAGGAGCUAUCUCAAGCACUGCUACAUUCCCUCUCGAGGUCGCACGCAAGCACAUGCAAGUUGGAGCUGUUGGUGGCAGGAGGGUUUACAAGAACAUGCUUCAUGCUCUCCUGAGCAUUCUUGAGGAUGAAGGGGUUGGGGGCCUUUACAGAGGGUUGGGGCCGAGCUGCAUGAAGUUGGUGCCUGCUGCUGGGAUUUCGUUUAUGUGCUACGAGGCUUGCAAGAAGAUACUGAUCGAAGAAGAGGAUGAGUGAAGUGCAUUCAGAUGUGUCCUCAGUUUUGCGACAUUCUGAGAGUGGGUGUCUUUUGGUGUUUCUUUGAAUCAACUAGUGCUGGAACUGGAUGAAACACAUGAUAUGAGGUUGCAGCACGAGUUCUUAACCCUUUUUGUAUUCAGUUUGAUCUGAUAAAUUUACCUCUUCCCAGAUUUACUUUCGGAUACUACAUGCGCAGAAAGCAUGUUUUUAGAAAACUCAUUGCUGGGAUGUAGAAAUUAUUGAAAUGCCAUUGGCAAUCACAAUUGACAAGUGGUCAAGCAGCAACUAAUCUGUAUUCUGUA